GACACUCUAAAACCCUAGAAAAGCCUCUGAUCACUCACUCUCUCUGCAACAGAACUCCGCCAUGGCCCGUAACCUUCUCCGCCUCCGCCGAAGCCUAAGCAGCAGCGGCGUCGCGACUCUCCACCGUGCUCUGUCAGCCACCUCCGCACUCUCUUCCGUCCCGCGCUCGUCCUCUUCCCCCGUCGCCGUUGUUCAGCCAUCGCCGACUGUCCAGUUCCAAUUCCAAUCUCGAUCGUUCAGGUCGUCGUCGUUCUACUCUGCACGGACCAAUCCCAGCUACGGUGGCGGCAACCAAAAUGAGGAGAUCGGCCCCGACACGAUACUUUUCGAAGGGUGCGAUUACAACCACUGGCUCAUCGUCAUGGAUUUCCCCAAAGAUAACAAGCCUCCUCCUGAGGACAUGAUCAGGACUUAUGAGGAGACCUGCGCUAAAGGCUUGAAUAUGAGUGUGGACGAGGCAAAAAAGAAAAUUUAUGCUUGUAGCACAACAACGUAUACAGGCUUUCAGGUGUUGAUGACCGAGGAAGAGUCAGAAAAGUUUAAUGGUGUUCCUGGAGUUAUUUUUGUGUUACCAGAUUCUUACAUUGAUCCACAAAACAAGCAGUAUGGAGGGGACAAAUAUGAAAAUGGGGUAAUUACACCCAGACCGCCCCCAUUUCAGUAUGAAAGACAGGGCUCAAGAUUCCGUGAUCGUAACAGAUAUGAGCAACAAGGAUCAAAUCAGCAAGGAAAUUCCUCUUAUGGCCAACAGGGGUCUCCACAAGGUGGAGGAAACUAUAGGACUUCACAAAAUCCUCCACAACAGACACCAGUUAAUCCUGCUGGAGGAAGGGACACAUUUGUGCCCGGUAGAGAUCCAAGACCUUCAUAUCAGGGUAAUCAAAACCAAAUGGCGCCUUCACAAAAUCCUCCACUGCAGACUUAUGGCGCACCAGGACAAGGGGAAAUUAGAGGUCAGACACCAGUUAGUUCUUCUGGAGGAAGGGACACAUAUGUGCCUGGUAGAGAUCCGAUACCUCCAUAUCAGGGUACUUACAACCAAAGUGUGCAAAGGAACGGACCACAAGGAAAUCAGAGUACAUAUGCACCUCCUAGUCAAGGUGGAUAUGGGGGUAAUGAUAGGACAUAUGGUUAUGGGCAAGGACCAAGCUCUGGAACUCCUGUACAUGGUUUGGGUGGGCUUCAAGGCCCAGGGCAAGUACCGACUGCUGGAUCAUAUGGGCAAGGGCCGAGUGCUGGAUCAUACGGGCAAGGGCCGAGUGCUGGAUCAUACGGGCAAGGGCCGAGUGCUGGAACUCCUGGACGUGGUUUGGGUGGGCUUCGAGGCCCAGGAGCAGGUGGAUCUUAUGGGCCAGGGCCGAGUGCUGGAUCGUAUGGCCAGGGGCCUAAUGCUGGAUCGUAUGGGCAAGGGCCUAAUGCUGGAUCGUAUGUGCCGGGGCCGGGUGCUGGGUCAUAUGGGCCAGGACCGGAUGCUGGGUCUUAUGGGCAAGGACCGGAUGCUGGGUCUUAUGGGCAAGGACCCAUUGCCGGAAGUUAUGGGCAAGGACCCAGUGCCGGAAGUUAUGGACAUGGGGCUAGUGCUGGGGGUUAUGGCCAAGGAGACAUGGCCAGGGGUUAUGGGCAAGGACCAAGAGCUGCUGCUCCCAUCCAAGGACCUACUUCUGGAUACCCUGCUCAUGGAAAUCAGAGUUUCACCCAAGGGGGGCAAAGGAGCCUGGAAGGAGAAGGAGAACAAACAAACUAUGCACACAUUGGACGGACAGGGACGGGCCAGGGAAGAUAUUAGUGAUGUGUCACUCGCUGUAGUACAAAGAGGGAUCAGCGAAAGGCUUAUGACACAUUCCUUAUCAUGUUUGUUCUCACGAAAAGGGAAAUACUCUGAAUUUCCUAGUCUUUCUGUGGUGAAUAAUCAGUUUUACUAUCCAUCGUGCAUCUCUUUUGGAGUUAGUGUAAACAGAAAGGUUUAGCUUUUCUCUGUUUCAUGAGCUUGAACAGUAUUUACUGAUCUGAGUAUUCAGGCUAUCUAAAAGUAGCAGUGUCA